CGCACAUGUCCUAUUUAUUUUGAUAAGCGAUUACGUUAAGGCAUCUGGUCGUCUUACGUCCUAAUCGCGAGCGACGUUAUCCGUGACGUAAUAGCCCUAGUCCAAACAGUUUUUUGCACCCUUUAUCGCGGGUGCGCCGGCCACAUAAAAGCAGUGUGAAACGUUCAGGAUACACAUUACAAGUGUAGCGGCUGAACAAGCGCCAACUGAACGCGACGCGCCGCGCCAUUUUUCAAAUUCAAAUAUCGAACGCGCGGCAAUUCGAAUUUGUGAUGUGCCAGUGAUAUAUUGACUGUGAAAGUGAAUGAACCAAAGAUUAUUUAUUGUUUUUGUAUCUGUGAUAAUUAAUUUAGAAGAAAUGGAUUUCACGAUCUGCAACAAAUGUUCCUCGGAAAAGCAGGAAUCGUUUAAAAACGGUUUUUCCAAAAAGCUUUUGGUAGCUGUAUGCAUAGUACUAGUAGUCGCGAUGUGUCUCACGCCCGUCGAAGCCCGACCACCACACAAAACAAGACACAACAAAGAAGAAAGAUUAAAAAAUAAGCUAAUACCAAAAGAAGAAAGAAUGAAGUCCAAGGCGCUGCCAAAGAACGUACCCCUCCACACGAUGCUAGCAAGAAAAAUAAUAAAAAAACUGAAGAACACUAGGAGGUUCUUCGAAGACGCACGACAAGAAGUCAGAGACUCAAUGGAGCACAGAUAUGGAAACCCCAAAUGGUUGCCUAAAGUCAAAUUCACCGAGAUUCAUAACCACACUUACGAAAACUUGAAUAAUGGGAUGUCUAAGAAAAAAUUUGAGUACAUCGUGCCGAAGCUGUACAAAAGCUUAGUACAAUUCAAGUUGGUCUGGGAGCGCCUCGGCAACGUCACUAUCACCCAAUUAGACAUCCAUUUCCAACAGAACUACGCGAAAAAACGCGAAUCUGUGAUUCGUUCAACACUCGACGAACUUUUCAAGCUUCUUACAGAAAUCGAAGAUGACAUGGAUAAAGCAAAUAUCCCUAAACCACAUAUUAACAUUAACAAACUAAAUCUAGAAGAUUUACAAAAAGACAACGUAGAAACCACUCUCUGUCUUCGACAAGACAUGAUUGCUAUUAGAGCUUAUGCCAAUACAUUGAAGAAGUGGUAUUGGGAACUACGGUGUCCAGACGACUCGAAUCCAAAACUGUCUGAACAAUGCAGAAGAGUUGACCAGGCACUGUUCACGAAAAGAACUCCACAGCGCAACGGCAGUUCUAAACGACACAGGAGGCAAAGAAGGCACCGGCAUUUUAGAUCAAUCCCGUAGUUCAGUUACUCAGUGUUGCGUCAAGUUGUAACAAAUUUAUUGCAUUCCAAUGAUUUGAAUUCAUCUAAAACUAGACAAACAUGUAUGUUACCCUACGAGUCGAGCCUAGCCUGCGCGACAUGUCCUCGUAAUCAUAUUGUAUUGUGUAUUGGUUGAUAUUACAGAUUGUUAACCAAUGAUAAUGAGUCAUAGGACUUUUUUUAAAGUCAGACUAUAAGUAUUAUAGUUAUGUAAUUUUAACUCUUAGCUAUUUAUUUUAUUACCUACUUAGUGUCUGUAUUAUUUAUUGUUAGAUUUUAGUUUAUGCUCUCUGUAACACAUUAAGCUUUUGUAUAGUUGUUGUGAAUUGGUAGCAAUUAUAUGAUUGCCCAGUCGAGUUAUUGAACAUUGAUAACUUCUUAUGGUUUGAUAAAAUUUUAAGUAAGUAUCAUUUUAAUCAGUAUUGUUCGUCAAUAUUUCGAAACAUGCAGUGAUCGAUACAUAUAAUGGUGAAGUGUUUGAAGUAACGGUUUUGUAAGUAUUGGGUACUUUCUCUGUGAUAUUUAGUAAUCCGUUGUAAAUAAUUUUAAUUUAUUUUAGGUUAAGCACUUUUAAUAAGUUCCUUUUCAUUGUCACUUUCAUUGUUUUGUCAUUAUUUCAAUUCCACAAUUUUUUGUCAUCUCAUGUUUUCUUUCUAAUUAUUUAUUAUCUUUCUACUUUCAUAUUUUAAAAUUUCAUUGCUUUUGUUUUUUUUUAUAAUCGUAACUUUUAAAUGUUUAACGAUCUUAUAUUUAUUUUUAUCGAUAGUCAAAUCGGUAACAGUAAAUUUAGUAAUCUUUAUAAGAACCAGUAUUCUGAUUAAUAAUAUAUUAUUAGUCAGAGACUUAAGAUAGACCCCUAAAUAAAGAGUAAACAUUAAGAGAAUUAUUGAGAUCUCCACGAACAUUCGUGACGUAAGAAAAAAAAUGUUGUCGAGUUAGAAUCACUUUGUAUACGGUAUUAUAUUCUGUAUCUUUAGGUAUUUAAAUAAAAUUAAACAAAUAAUUUGUAUAUUUUCGGGUAGUUAUAACAUUUAUUGGUUAACCAACUAAAUACCAAACUGCCUGGAUCUGCCACUGAACGACCUGACUUUAACCUACAUUAUUUGAUCAUGUAAUGUUUUCAUCUACCCUCAACUGACUUAAGGAGCCAUUUGAGGGUAGAUUUUGUUUACGUUUAUUUAAAUACCUAAAGAUACAGACUAUA